AUGUCUGAUCGAUAUUAUGCAUACGAAACAAGGCAGCACUGCGAUAGGGUUCUCGAAUGGCUGAACAAACUGGCCCUAGACCGAUGGGACGUGACCACAAUGCCGAGUGGGGCUCAGCCCGUCUGGGCGCAGUUGUCGAGCCAACGAACCGAUCAAGGCAGGCGCAGCUCGUCUGACGACCUCGUUGGUGCCGAGGUCGAACAGGACACUCGGCGCGGCGCAGUAGAAGACGCUAGUAUGUGUGUAAGUGCGGCUAGACUCGAUGAGGCCGGCCUCGUAUCGACCCGUCUCCGAUUCAAACGGUCCACGAGGCCCUGCCGUCUGGACGAAAUGGCAGCAGAAACUGUCACGUCGAGGGCCUUUCGACCUGCCAGAGUCCACGUUCGCCUGGGCUGGAGUCUGUUCGAGUCUGUGGCUAGUCUUCACGGCCCCGUCGACAAUGAAAAGGGCCAAGGGUGUCCACUGAAGACUGCAAAAAACAUGCUAGCUCUUGGUAUAUGA